AUGGACACUCAAUUAGUCUCACCGGUAAACCCGCCCUCUUCAAUAAGCAGUAUUACUGCAAGUAGUGCAAGCAUCGCCGACAUCCAAGAGGAUCACCAAGCUCCAGUCGAAGACCCUACUGGAGACCAUCUCAACCAUUCAGUUGACGAUUCGAACGACGUUGCAAAUGAAACCAACUCUCCUAGUGUUGGAGAUUUACCGGAGCCCCCUGUUUACGAAAGCUAUCCCGAAACUCGGUACGCAGAGCUCCAGGACCACGAAUCAUUCCCACAGGUCGUGCUGGAUCGUAACAAUCUUCCACAAGUCCAAUAUGGAAUACAACCUGAGGCUUGGGGUCAAGAGACCAUGUUGGAUACUUCGGAACACACAAAGCCUCCAAAGAAGAUAUGCGGACUCCCUAAACUCUGGUUUUGGAUUACUACUAGUGGCAUUGCUACGCUUGGAAUAAUUGCCGUUAUCGUCGGUGGAGUCCUCGGAGCAAGAGCUGGCUCCUCGAAACCAGAAACCAGUUUCCUCCCAACGACGCAUUUGGCAGCUGUAAAUUACACAGAGCCAAAUGCAUGGGAUUCAAACCUUCAGGAGUGGCAGGUGUCGCCACUCAAUCCCAAGGAAGCGGAUGGGCCUUCGAUCAAACCCGGAACUCCUCUAGCAGCGUAUACAUUUGGUGACCAGCAGCUUGACCGCACCGAAUAUCACGUCUUUUUCUUAGAUACAGACAACAAACUAUGGGAACGCGGUUCCCUUGAUGCUGCCGACAUGUGGAGUAAACAGACUGAUAAUGUGGUACAAGGCCAGUACACAGUGUCGGCUGAUUCAAAGCUCACCGCAUAUGCUCGCCAAUGCGAAAGAUAUUGUUCCAUGACAUCUGUCCUGGCUUGGCAAGGCUCAGCGGGCAGGCUCUGGUUUGCAGGCUAUGUCGGUAGCGAUGGAUGGUGGGCGCAUGAAGCGAGCGGAGCAAACAACAAUAACAACCCUGAUCAAACAUUGAUCAGUGGGAGCGCGCUUUCUUUAACUCCCAUUUGGGCUAACCAGACGAGCCUGUUAGCUCUGUAUGGUAAUACUAACAGUGGCAAGUUGGCGCGCUUCGUAUUCAAUACAACUGAUAAAUGGGAAGAAGGAUGGUCUUUCAAUGAUUCCUUCCCUGGCCCUUUAGCACCAGAAGCAAAUCUGGCUGGCUUUGCUCAAUCAUACUUCGGGGCAAACGACACAAUGGGAGAUGUUGAGUUUGUAGCAACAAGGCCUGGCAACACCUCCAAAGGGGGCGCUCUCAGCUGGGACUCAAAUUAUUCUUCCGAUAACCUAUUCAACAACAGCGCCGUAGAUACCUUUUCCGCAGUAUCAAAUUUUUCGGCUAUUGCCGCAACAGCCGGAGGCAAUGUCUACGCCAUCGAAGAAGAUCAACUGAUUGAAUGGGAGUGGCAGCAUGGGAAUCGGUCGUAUCUUAGACGAGGAGUUGUUAACACUGAUAUAAAGAAAUGA